GCAGUUUACCAUUAUUCUGUUCUGCUUUUUAAGAAGAAUUCAAGACCUUCCAGUCACUUUUGGAAAGCUGGUUGGAAGUUGAUCAUUUUACCUAGGUAAGCUGGAGAAAUGGUUGGGCACUGAGCAGCAUUUCUCCAAGGGAGACUAUGAAGUUCUUGAAUUCGCUCUCAGAAGGCUGCUCAGAAACACUGUCAUGUUCAUGAGAACAGUUUAUCACCAAUGAAAUGCUCCUCACAGCUGAUAGCUGAGUGAAGCUAUCUCUGUGUGUGUGGCAGGGCACACCGUUCUCGUGCUGGUUGUACAGGUCUAUCUGGAGUAGCCCUAGGCAUAUCUUCCUGUUCUUGAGGAUCUUAAUGGAGAAUGAAUGGCACGCCAAAAUCUGAAGCAGGCACUUGAAUUCUUCGAAUAACAAGAUACUUCAGUAUAAUACUAUUCUUCUGAACUACUUCCAGUGCUGGGGAUAGAUAAUCUUCAGCAUAGCAGCCUAUGUGAAGAGGAGCCAAAGAAGCUACAGAUCCUGUUAAUCACUCCUUUAAUGCUAUUUUUCUGUUGAGCUAAUUAUUUACAUUCUUAACAGAAGGAACAGAGCAUCCUGGGGAACAAGUGAUUUCUCAGUGAUAUCCCCUGUGGCACUGCUUCAUUUACAGGCUCUAAGCUGUUCUUGACAGCAGGGCUGUAUCCCAUUAUAUACCUUCUACUCAGCUCCUCUGUCAGAAAUGGAGAGCAGCACAUCAAGUAAUUGAGUGACUGCCCUGCCUGCUGACUGCCCCUUAGGCCUCCCUAAAGGCCUUGUUUGCACAGAUUCUGCUCAUGGAAGUAGAAGGAUAUUAGCAGAGAGAAGAUCUGAAUACACUGCAAGUAUGAAAUUAGGUAUGCAAUUUCAUAAAGAGAAUUCCUUUGUUCAGUGCUGGUUGUUGUAAUAAGCUGCUUUCUUUUCUUUUUCUUUCUUUUCAGUCUCUUGGAAAAGAAUGUAGGAGGAACUGCAGGAAACAAAUAAAUGGUUUCUGCAGAGCACAUGUGUGCCCUAAGGCAUUUCUUUUGUGGCUGUCAGAAAAUCUUUAUGUAUCACAUGGAAGAGCAACGCUGACACCUGUGUUUGGUUUUCUCUAAAAGUCUGCUUGGGCAAGCACAUUUUUCUUACCCUCAUUAUGUCUCAUUAGCACAAAUAUUUUUUUACAGAUAGAAUAUUGAUACAUCCAAUAGCUUUUCCUGUGAUUAUAUUCCUGCUUGUCCUUUUCUUGCUGCAGAGCCCCAAACCUCCUGCAUAUGUGCAGCCUGCUGUGGGCAGUGUUCUGUUCUGCAGGGGAUUGUGUGCCUGCUCAGACCCAUAUCAGGCAACAGCAUCAAGUGGGCCGCCUGUUGAUUUCUGUCCUAGAUGUUUUCUUACAUUAGCUGCUGUUGGAGUAUAUGCUGCUUGGUUCAGCAUAACGUGAUGAGCUUGAAACUAAAAUCAAUCUCUUGUUGAUCUUUUAAAGUGAAAGCUGAAGGUGUGCAGUGGUUUUGAAAAUGGAGCAAUUUGUUCAUUUCACAUCCAGCUUACUUGGGCCAAUAGCAAGCCUUGUAUAAGACAGUGUUUGCUAAAAUAUGAACUUUCCCAAAAUAGAAGUUCAUUUAUUUUUUGUGUUUCUGUAGUCAUUACUUAUCUGGCCACAAGUCUAACUCGAUAUCCUAAAUAAGUUACUAUUUUCUGAAUUGUAUUAUUUGUGUUUCUGCAUGCUAGGAGGCACUUGUACUACUUGAACCAGGGAAUGUAUUAAGAAAGCUGUGUAUAGAGAAACACUGGUUUGUAAACAAGGGGUAUUCAUCUCCUAUUGCUCUAUGCACUCUCAGCUCAGUGAAACACAGAGCGCUCACUGUUUAUCAGGUUAGGCUAGAGAUCUACUUGAGCAGGUACUACAACACAGUAGGUCUAACUCUGAACACUGCUGCAGCUCACAGUUCUGUACGUCUGUGUGGCAGAUGGUGCGUAUAGCAGUCUUUCCAAAUCUAAGUGAGUGCUGCUGUCAGUGUACCACUGAGCUGGUAGGGCUAUGAGGAGCUGGGGUUGUGGUAUGUGCUGAUAUGAGGGUGCAAGUGUCUUGCUGAAAAAAAAAAAAAAGAAAAAAAAAGUGCAUUUUGAUGUAGGUGCUCAGAUCCACCAAAAUACUUCAUAUUGCCCAAGCCAUCUGCCAGACGCUUUGUCUCCUCCCAGCAGUUACAUAUGCUGUUUAUUUUUAUUUUAUUCUUCUCAAGAUAAUGUUAUUUUCAGUUCACCUGAAGUAAGUCGUAAAUGACUCACUGUGUAUUUGACUUGCAAUGAGCAUUUUAUCUAGGAAGCUAGAAGAGUUGAGCAGCCUGUGAAAUGUCACUGCUUCAGAUAUGCUAGAUUUUCAUGAAUUUAUCUGCCUGCUCACCUAGAAACACUGAACUGCAGUUGUGUUAAAGAUCUAACUGACAUCAAAUAAAACUUGGACGUUGCUGUCAGAUACCUUGUGUCCACUGCUGGCUCUCAAAGGUUACUAAAAUUUUAGCAGCUGCCUUGAAACUGAGCUACCUAAGCUUCACUUACUGUUGCUUCUCCCUGCACCAUACUGCACUGCUGCUUUUGCUCUUGCCUGCUCAGAACACACUAAGAGAUUUUUCUUUUUCAAAUACCCACAAUGAAACUUAGGCUAGAAGUAUGUGCCAUUCUUUUGCUGCCUGUGUACGUGUUAAUAUCUGUAUACAGUAUGCUUGUAUUUAUUCCGUGGUAUUUUCUUACCAACGCUAAGAAGAAAAAGGCUAUGGCAAAGCGUUUAAAAGCUAAGCCCAUCUCGGACAAACCUGGAAGCCCCUACCGUUCUGUCACUCAUCUUGACUCACUAGCAAACAUAAACAUUCCUGGAGCAGACACACUGGACAAACUGUUUGACCACGCGUUAGCAAAGUUUGGGAAAAAGGACUGUCUUGGGACCAGAGAAAUACUGAGUGAAGAAAAUGAAAUGCAACCAAAUGGAAAAGUUUUCAAAAAGUUAAUCUUAGGAACCUACAGAUGGCUGUCCUAUGAAGAAGUAAAUCAGAAAGUGAAUCGCUUGGGGAGCGGACUGAUAGCCCUGGGACUAACCCCAAAGAGCACUGUUGUUAUAUUCUGUGAGACCCGAGCAGAAUGGAUGAUUGCAGCCCUGACCUGCUUCAAGUACAACUUCCCUCUUGUUACCUUGUAUGCUACACUGGGUGAAGAGGCAGUAACCUAUGGUCUCAAUGAGUGUGGAGCAUCAUAUCUGAUCACCAGUGCAGAACUGCUUGAGAGCAAACUUAAGGCUACAUUGCCGCAGAUCUCCUGUCUUAAACAUAUAAUUUAUGUGGACAAUAAGACUAUCAAUAAAUCUGAAUAUCCUGAAAAUGUUGAGAUUCAUAGUAUGCAGACAGUGGAGGAGCUGGGAGCCAAACCAGAAAAUGCAAGCAUUCAGCCAAGCAGACCUGUCCCCACAGACCUGGCUCUAGUAAUGUACACCAGUGGCUCUACUGGGAGACCUAAAGGAGUGAUGAUGCAGCACAAGAACUUGAUAGCCGGAAUGACAGGACAGUGUGAGAGAAUUCCUGGGCUGGGGCCCAAGGAUACUUACAUUGGUUAUUUGCCCCUGGCCCAUGUAUUGGAACUGACAGCAGAAAUUUCUUGCAUCACUUACGGCUGCAGGAUUGGAUAUUCCUCUCCACUUACACUGUCAGAUCAGUCAAGUAAGAUUAAGAAGGGAAGCAAAGGAGACUGCACUGUACUUAAGCCUACACUGAUGGCAGCUGUGCCUGAAAUAAUGGACAGAAUUUAUAAAAACGUCAUGAGUAAAGUUCAGGAGAUGAACUAUAUUCAGAGAACUCUGUUCAAGAUAGGCUAUGACUACAAAUUGGAACAAAUCAAAAGAGGAUACGAUGCACCUCUGUGUAACAUACUUUUGUUUAAAAAAGUAAAGGCGCUGCUAGGAGGGAACAUCCGUAUGAUGCUUUCCGGAGGAGCCCCUCUGUCACCCCAAACACAAAGAUUCAUGAAUAUCUGUUUUUGCUGUCCUGUGGGCCAAGGCUAUGGAUUAACAGAAACAUGUGGAGCUGGAACAAUUACAGAAGUUGCUGAUUAUAGCACUGGAAGAGUUGGAGCUCCUCUUAUUUGCUGUGAAAUCAGAUUGAGAGACUGGCAAGAAGGGGGCUAUACUAACAGAGACAAACCUAAUCCCAGGGGGGAAAUUAUAAUUGGUGGACCUAAUGUCUCAAUGGGAUAUUUUAAAAAUGAAGAGAAAACAGCAGAAGAUUUCACCACUGAUGAGAAUGGUCAGAGAUGGUUUUGCACCGGAGAUAUAGGAGAAUUCCAUCCAGAUGGGUGUCUGCAGAUCAUAGAUCGUAAAAAAGACUUGGUAAAGCUACAAGCUGGGGAAUACGUGUCUCUGGGCAAAGUAGAGGCAGCACUGAAGAACUGUUCAUUGAUUGAUAAUAUCUGUGCUUAUGCCAAAAGUGACCAGUCUUAUGUGAUCAGUUUUGUGGUUCCCAAUCAGAAGAAGCUGACGGCAUUAGCUGAGCAGAAAGGUAUAAGUGGAACCUGGGUUGAAAUUUGUAACAAUCCUACAAUGGAAGCUGAAAUACUACAAGAAAUUAAGGAGGUGGCAAACAAGAUGAAAUUAGAGAGGUUUGAAAUACCCAUCAAAGUGCGGUUAAGCCCUGAACCAUGGACUCCAGAGACUGGGUUAGUAACAGAUGCUUUCAAGUUGAAAAGGAAAGAACUGAAAAACCAUUACCUCAACGACAUCGAAAGAAUGUACGGAGGCAAAUAAACAGGCUGAAUUGACUAGACAGUUGUGCAGAAGGUUCUUUAUCAUGCCUUGAUUUUGGAUGUCCUUGUAUACUGUAGGUAUCACAUGUAUUCAGAAAAUACACCAAAUUGAUGAAUGUUUCUUAUCUCUAAACAGAGCAACAGAGAAGAUCUUAAACUCUAAAUUCCUACUUAAUAGUAGAAAAUGUUGAUGUGUUUCAGAGUUUCAUGUGAUUGUUUCCAGUUUUAAGACAGACAUAAUUACAUGAAGCAGUAUGGCCAGGUAAUUUUAUUAUUCUUUCUCUAGCACGUUCAGACUACUUGCAAUUUCUCUCUGAUUCAUUGUGAAAUCUGGUGUGUAGAGAGAAAAUGGGUACUUAAACGUUAACUUUCUCCAUUUAAAAAUAAAAAAGACCUUAGUCAAGAACUUGCUAGAGAUCACUAAUAAAUGGACUGCUUAAAAAUUGAUGGAUUUUUCUGCACAUCAGUUAUCUUCAAUAUUUACAGUGCCUAUAAGAGAAUAUAAAAUACACUUACCUUAAAUAAAGGUGAACUGAAAAUCUUUCUAAAGAAAAGUCAUUUGAAAACAUCACUCGAGUAUUGAGUCAACUAUCUCAAGUUCCACUCACCAAAUACAUUUAUACUUGCUGCCACAUUUUAAUUCCAGCAGAGCUUUCCACUGGGACAUAGCUUGAAAGAAAACAAAGACUUGCCUUGCUGCAGGAGGUACUGAUGAAAAUGAACAGCUGAAUGCAGAAUGCAAAAUCUACAUUCUGGCUGGCAGAUAACAGCAAAAUUGAUGGGCAGUUGUCUCUGAACAGAUUUGAAACUCAAAGGAGAAUUUGUUCUUUUCAUUUUGGAGGUGGCAUGGUGGUUUUAUUUUAAAGGCACUGAUCCUCUAGGCCUUUGCAUACAUGUGAGUAACAGUACAAGUUACCUCCAUGUAGUUUACAGGAUCAGGGUCUAAGUAUUUGUAGUUACUUUAUGGAAAGGUAUUUCUGUUCACCUUUUAAAAUACAGCAUCCAAAACAAAGCCAACCAGAAACCAAUAGCAGUUUCUCUGUGUCUUGUUUUACUUAUGACAAAGUAUGCUGUGGCUGGGAAGACUUUUGUUUUAAGGAACUAAAAAAAAGGGACAAAUCACUUUAUAUAGAAAUCCUUAUUAAAAAGUGUUCUUAUGUUAACUGGAAAUUGUAGAUGUGCUGAAGUGGGAGGUUAUAAUUUAAUAACAGUUUAUCAUUUUGUGUGCAGCAUCCAGUAUUGUGUUUCCUUUGACUUGUAGUAACUGAGCUCCCACAUCCCUGCUAGCUCUUCACACUUGAACCACAAACGCUGUAAAAAAGUGGAGACUCUUGAUACUGUUCUACUUUGCACUUUUCUUUAUCGUAUGUGUUGCGUUCAUUUUGUACAGGUGUGGCUCAGCUGCUAUAUAUUACAAAUUCAUUUUAAGUAUUUAUAGAUUUCUUCUAUUCCUAAUGUGUUGUGUAUAUGAUGGCUAAAAAGGAAAAUUAUUUGUUAUUGUCACUGUACAGAAAGUAAAAGGUUUUGUAUGAUGCUUCUUUUAACAUACUGGCACAUCUGUGGGUUCAUGAAGGCAGGAAUUACUUUCCCUUCUAGUUGCAGCUUUCCAAGUGACUCAGUUCUGGGGCUACGUUAGCAGCCUCCCAUGUUUCAAACCAGUCACUGUUGCAUAACCUUUAGGCAGCCUGUUAGCAUCACAGAAGUUAGAUAUGUAAGAAAGUUACUUGCACUCGAGUCUGUCAGCAAGUUGUAUGAUUUCCUUUUUUUAAACCAUGAAUGUAUUUAUAUGAAAUGUAUUUUAUCUUGACUCCUGCUAUCUUCUGUGUCUCAGCUGACUGAGGAUUGCUAUUUUCAAUGUAUAUAUACACACCACGCUGACAUUUCAAAAACGGAAUACAGUUGAAAUGGUUAACCAAG